AUGGUACUUCUUUAUAUAUUGAGCUUUCCAAAUUAAUAGAAAAUUCAAAUGGAAGUAAAAUCUUUUACAUAGGAUAAUAUAAUAAUAAGUCAUAACAAUAAUAAUUAAAAAUUACAAUAGUAUCAAAUAAAUCAUUAGAUUAUGAAUAACUUGAAAGAAAUACAAUAAUAACUAUUAUUUAUAAUAACUUGUAUUUUAAGUUAUAUCAAAUCUAAAAAAUUACAAGUCUAAUAAUAAAUUGGUCGUGUAAGGUAAAUGAGGAUUGAGGAAAAUAAUUAAGUCUAAAUAGAUGUGCCUAAAUAAUCUAUAUAUUAGGAUUUAGUUAAAAAUUUAUCAAAUAGUAUUUUGGUGUGAUUUCAUAUAAAAAACUUGUAUAAUAAUAUCCUGGGUUAAAACAAUUUGAAGAUUGCAUAAUAUGUUUAGAAUCUAUAAAAAAUGGAUCUAAAAAAUAAUUAAGACAUUGUUCAGUUACUCUUUGUUUCCAUAUUUUUCAUUAGAAAUGCUUAACUUCAUGGUUACAAAAAUAAUAAAAUUGUCCAUUUUGUAGAGAAGAAUUUACAAUUAGACUGAUUCUAAAUAAAUAUCCUUGGCUUGAUUUAAAGUAAUAAAGAUUAAAUAAUCCAAUUUAAUUAUAAUCUAAAUAUAAAUAGAAUAUGAAAUAUAGUUCAAAUACGGAUCAAUCAUAAGAUAAUUAAUUAAAUGAUAGUUAAUAAGAAUUAGUAAGAAAAGAUAAAAUAAUUUUAGAGAUAUGA